GUACUGCUUAACUAAAGUACGUCAUGUCGACGCUUCAGCAAAAAAGAAAGAAAUUAUUUCGCUUAAAGGUGAGAGGUGAGAAGAACGGGGACCAGGUUGGAGAGCACUCCGAGGAACACGCCAAGGAUGGCCUGGCGCGGGAAAGGAGCGAACGGGUGAAAGAAGAAGUGAGAACUCGAACGCCAACCGGGACGGCGGAAUCCAACAAUCCAGAAGCGCAUCAUGAUGAGUCAGGUGUCGCGGGCAGUGAAAAACAUGAAAAAAGGAGGAUCGGUUUUGUUAAUUGGUUGAGAAAAACUUUCACACCCCAUUCUCCUAAAAAUCAUUCUGAGGGGAAACACGACAAUGAGAUUAAGCAGGAUACUGCGGGGACGUCGACCACGCAACAGCAACCCAAGUUAGAAAGGCCAAAUUUGUCGUCAGAUGGAUCGACAGCCGAGCCCAGUACUGGUGACACCGGGAUAACAUUGCACAGUGUCUUAGAAGACGGCAGCUGAGCAAUGGAAUCAAUGUUUGAAGGCGAUUUCCCACACAGCUUGGUCGUUUGAGAUCGUUGGACUGCUGACAUCUUCCUCUUUCUAGUGCAGACUAUUGAGCCAGUCGCAUUUGUAUUGCUGUUAUCCCAACGCAAAAAGUACACUUAGUAUCAGACGACAUUCAGUUAAGCCGACAGAAGCACGUACAACGACGGUUAUUUUUAAGUGAUUCGCACACUCAGCAGUUUUGCAACCUCAGAAACGGUGUAUCACGUGCUAAUGACUGCUGAUCGGUUUAGUUUUAUCUUUCGAAUUUCGUGUAUCACCGUGUGCUAAAGUUCAUCUGAUACUUUGUAUCAAUACAUGAAACAUUUAUC